CGGGAGCAUCAAGUGUGGGUGUGAUCAUCAUGCCUCCGCACCCAAGGCCGGACGGAGUACCUCCACCGCUGCCCUAUGGGCCAACAACACUUUCCCACUGCAUCUAUCGGUUGGAAUACCUUCUCUAGCUUGACCUUAUUGUAUAAAUAAGGGUCUCGGUUUACCUAUAACUUACCCAUCAGAUUUCUUCGUUAUACCUAGUUCACUACUAUCAUUCUUUUAUACUGAUCAUAUCGAAACAAAGGUCCUACUUGGAACGAAAGAUGACUAUCGCAACUAGUGUGACAGACUCCCAGGUUCAUUUUAACAACUGGCCUAAUGAUCGAGGCUUUAAUGCAAACUAUGAAGAAAGGUCUCCGGUCGAGCUCACAGUUACCGGUCACAUUCCCGCCUACGCUGCUGGAGUGCUCUACCGCACGGGGCCAGGCAAAUUUCAGGUAGACAGGGAGAAUGGGGCCACAUUCCAAGUGUCGCACUGGUUCGAUGGGUUCAGCGAAACCCAUCGAUUCCGCCUUGUGGCUCCUGAUAGCGCUCACUCGUUUAUGCGAGUCUUCUAUAACUCCCGCUUCUCAACUGACCACUUGAUUGAACAAGCGAGAAAAACCGGCUGUCUGGGGCAACUUAGCUUCGGCCAAAAGUGCGAUCCUUGCAAGACAGUGUUCCAGAAAGCUCAAAGCGAGUUUAGUCCUGAUCCUUCCUCAGCCAAUAUCGGCGUGACCCUCUCUAUCAAUAUGCCGGGGUUGGAUGAAGUCAAUCCUCAAGAUCAAGGAAACAACAGGCGCUGGACCGGCUCAUCUGGGAUUAAGUCUUUGUAUGCAAAGACAGACUCAGCGUUUUACAAGGAGCUCGACCCUGAGACUCUUGAACCUAUCGGCCUGGCCUCGCAGAAGGGACUACAUCCGGACUUGGACGGGCAUCUCUCAGCAUCCCAUGCACGCUCCGAUCCCACAACAGGGGACGUCUAUAAUUUCAAUCUCGCUUUUGGCCCACCUUCAACAUAUCGUGUCUUCCAUGUGUCUGCGUCGACCGGAAGAACGACUGUGCUGGCCACGUUUGAGGGAACGCCAGCAUAUCUUCAUUCUCUCUUUCUGUCGAAGGAUUAUGUUGUCCUGUGCGUCUGGAACGCUCAUAUUAAUCCCGCGGAAUUCAAGCACGGCAGCUUUCUGGAGGCUAUCCAGCCAUUCGAUGCAUCUAAAUCUACCAAGUGGUAUGUGGUGGAUCGUACUAAUGGACAAGGACUCAUAGCAACAUACGAGAGCCCCCCGUUUUUCUGCUUUCAUACAACCAAUGCUUGGCAGGAGUCCUCGCUCAGUGACUCUGAUGGAGUAGAUAUUGUAGCAGAGUUUGUCAAAUAUGAUAACAUCGACACGCUACACUCCCUGUACUACGAGAAUCUUCUCUCGUCAUCAUCUAAAGUGAAAGCACUCGGCCAGACAAAGAGAGAUACCUGCCGCUCGGAGUUUGCUCGUUUCCGCCUCCCAGCUAUCCCAGCAAGCCCGACUACCGAAAUCAAGACUGUGAUAACUGAGCAGACGUCAUGCAAAACCUUUUCGCCCGAAUUGCCAACUAUUAACCCAAAGUUCGUUACACAAAAGCAUCGGUACACGUACGGCGUAACUGACCAUGGCGAAUCAGUCUUCGACGGAAUAAUGAAAUUCGACAGUGAGACAAAGGAGACUAUUCUUUGGAGCCAUCACGCCCAGUCUCCUGGAGAAGCGAUCUUUAUUCCUCGUCCAGGGGCCUCCGAAGAAGACGAUGGGGUCCUCCUGAGUGUAGUACUGGAUGGAUACACUGGAAAGAGCUACCUGCUUUGCCUUUAUGCUCAUACUUUGGAGGAACUGGGCAGAGCACACGUGAGCGGACCGGUUGGAUUUGGGUUUCAUGGUCAGCAUGUUCCCUCUCAUGGAGUGCCGACUGGCGACUAUUAAUCUACGUUCCCUUUGUCUUUAUCUCGGGGAAGGGAUUAUAUCUCUCCUUCCUUUUUUCUUAAAUAUGAUUAUCC